UUGACUUCCUUUCCUUCUAUCUAUUUAACUCGUAAUUUUCCUCCACUUUCUUCUCUACAAUACAAUUCAUCAGUUUUCGGGUGUCCACGGAAAGAGUAUGGAAGACCCACCACGCCUCUGUUUCUCUGCUUCCCUCAAGCUCUUCUUUCUGUGCAUUGGCUUCUUCACAAAAAUUCAUUUCGCUGCUCCUUUUGAUGGGCCUUUCUAUGAUUCCUCUGCUUACACUGAGGUAAGAUUAACAUUUCUAAAUUCCAAUAGGACAUUUGUGGCUGGUAUAUCCCAUCAGUGCAAAGCGGAGCCGGAGGAGGCAUUAUACAAGGGAGGGAUCCUCAAAGAUUUCACCACCAACUCCAACCACCAUACUGAAACUAGACUCGGUAGUCCUGAAACAGGACUCUAUUCGCCGGCAUUUUUGUUGCAGAAUCUCUCUCAGGGCACCAAAUACUGUUUCUCCACAUGGAUCAAGAUGAGCGGUGCAGAUUCUGGUCUCAUAAGGGCGAGUUUAGCAACAGAGAAUAAGAGGUACAACUGUAUUGGGACUGUAGUGGCAAAGAGUGGGUGCUGGUCCUUUCUCAAAGGUGGCUUUGUUCUUGAUUCACCUUCGAAUCUAUCUAUCCUAUUUUUCCAGAAUGCAGUUGGGAGGGAGGUUAAUAUCUCAAUUGCAAGUGCCUCUUUGCAGCCAUUCACUGAUGAGCAAUGGAGGAUGAACCAAGAUCACCAAACAAACUCUGAAAGGAAACGAGCCGUGACCAUACAUGUAUCAGACGCGCAUGGGAAUAGGUUGCAAGGAGCAGCAAUCAGGGUGGAGCAGACAUCCAAAGACUUCCUCUUCGGUUCUGCAAUAGCAAAUACCAUUAUUGGAAACUUGCCUUACCAGAAUUGGUUUGUGAAGCGCUUCAAUGCUGCAGUCUUUGAAAAUGAGCUAAAGUGGUAUGCAACAGAACCUCAACAAGGAAAGAUCAACUAUACUAUAGCAGACCAGAUGUUAGAGUUCAUAAGAGCAAACCAAAUUGUAGUUAGAGGCCACAACAUCUUCUGGGAAGACCCUCGUUACACACCUUCAUGGGUUCGUAAUCUCACAAGUAGUGAAGAUCUGAGGUUGGCUGUUGAAUCACGUAUUCAAAGCUUAAUGAACAAAUACAGAAGAGAAUUCAUUCACUGGGAUGUAAGCAAUGAAAUGCUUCAUUUCGAUUUCUACGAGCAACGACUCGGUCGUAAUGCUUCCUUACACUUCUUUGAGAUAGCUCAACAAUCAGAUCCAUUAGCUACAUUGUUCAUGAACGAUUUUAAUGUGGUUGAGACUUGUUCUGAUGGUAGUUCAACAGUGGAUGACUAUAUUUCAAGGCUGAGAGAACUCCAAAGAGCUGGUACUGGUGCAUCAGUGGCCGGAAUUGGCCUAGAGGGCCAUUUCACAGUACCCAACAUUCCUCUAAUGAGAGCUGUUUUGGACAAGCUGGCUACUUUGGGCCUUCCAAUCUGGCUCACAGAAAUUGACAUUAGCAACACCAUAGACAAACAAACACAGGCAAUUUAUCUUGAAGAUGUUCUGAGAGAAGGGUUUUCUCAUCCUUCAAUAACUGGAAUCAUGCUCUGGACUGCACUCCGUCCGAAUGGAUGCUACCAAAUGUGCUUGACAGAUAAUGAUCUCCGAAAUCUACCAGCCGGUGAUGCGGUUGAUAAGCUCCUUCAAGAAUGGCAAACUAGGGAGCUAGAGGGUCAGACAGAUGAACAUGGUUCAUAUAGCUUCUCUGGUUUCUUAGGAGAAUAUAAGGCAUACGUUAGAUAUGGUGAUAGAUUUGCAAAUACAACAUUCUCUCUUACUCGAGGAGAUGAGACUAGACACUUCAGCAUCCAGAUAUGAGAUCCUACUCCAAGUAGCACCUUUGGAAGACUUAAGUUAUGCAUCAAUGGUUUUUUUCCCUCUCCAUGAGAGAAAACUGUAAUUGAUUCUUUCAAACUAAAGUUAGAAACUAUUGAGUAUUGGAACCACUUUCUCUAAACCCAUGGUGAAGAAAGAACUUUGUGCAAACUGGGUAGUAAGAAAUUUCUUGCACCCCGAUUGUGGUCUAAUUCAAGUUCACCACAUGUGUUGGGAUUGUGAUGAGGUCGAAGUCUAAUUCCUACAUAGUUUGCAUUUUCUUGUUGCCCAA